AGCCUAUAAAUACCUGCCUGCUACUAUGACUUUGCCUCAUUCCCUUGCACAAACUGCAUCAUGUUUAUUUCCUGCUGCAUCCUGUUUACGCUGCUCAGCUUCCUCGCUGGCGCCAAUGCGUGUGUAAAAUGCCCAACCACAAUCAUGAUCGGCGGUAGUCCCGUGGAAUUACGAAGGACCUUCCCAUACAAAAAGUUCACAUAUUGCUCCAGUUACAGUACCGUAUUGACAUCAGUGGAGUGUGCGUAUAACACCGAGAGUGGCCGCCUUAUACUAGUAGAUGGGCCGCCUUGUCCGUUUACAGCAUCUUGUUGAACGUGACGUGAAGAGGUGGGGGAGACGAGACACCCAACAGGAGGAGCAAUGUUCGCCUGCAGGCAGUUGGGUGUAUGCCAGUACUUAGUCGCAUCUUCCCAACCCCCCAUUAGAAUACCCCCAGUACUUACUAGAAUCGUCCCGAAAACCAUCCUAUCAAAUGUCAUGGCAAUAAAUCAAC